AUGGCAGCCAGUCUCGACCGUGUCGACCAAACCGACGUGUUUACGCCCAUCUCAGUCGACGAAUCUCACCAUCUCGUGGGAAAUUUCACCGAACACACCAGGUACUUCGAGUAUGGAACCGGCAAUUCCACAAGCCGCGAUACCACGGUACGAAUAUGGGCGGGGAUGAACGUCCCUGGAAGCGACACGGGCCAAGGCAGAACCCAAGGCAAGGUCCCCAUGGUAACUCUGUACGACGAACGGGGCCAAGUCAUAGGAAAGAGCUGCAAGGCCCAGCCAUUUAUUCUAGGCGACAGCUGGAUCGAUCCGGUCAUACACACGUGGAAGGGCGCAAAGAUCGACCGUCCGGCCUAUGUGCAACUGUCACAAACCGACGUCGACGCCCUCUGCAUCUCCGCCAUCGAAAUCAUCUACCCCGACGACGGCUCCGCCCUGAUCUACGGCGAUAUCCCGCACAAAACCUGCGGCUGGCUAGGCUACCCAUCCGUCAGCAAAGUCAACCCCAGGGAAGGCCGUCCCGACCUCCGCAACCCUAACGCCACCACCGGCUACCCGGCCUCCUGCUUCUGGCUCGGCGGGAGAUCCCCUCCCCCCAAACACGAAGUCUUCAACCCCAGCAAACACAUGGCCGCCAGCGUCGCCUUCCACAUCCGCGACUUCGACGGCAAGAACGAGUCCGUCCAGGCCUACAACCGCAACACAGACCUGCUCUGCAAGAGCACCCCGCGCAUGCAGGCCCACUCAAGCAUCCCGGACAGCAUCGCCAUCUUCAGUCCCCCGCUGAUGUACGGCCACGAAGAGCGCUUCGCCAACGGCUCCACCGCCGUCCCCAGCUACCUCGACCCCAUGUACGUCGUCGACACCGAGGUCUUCGACCACAGCGCCAUGGCGGCUUGGCCACAGAGCGACAGCUACAGCGACGCGAACUCCAAGGCCUGUGAUCCGAGUGUGAAACUCGCGCGAGCCGGCGACGACGACGAUCCCACUCCCCAGAACUACGACGACGAUACCGACAAAGCUCCACUCUCGCAGCUCUUCGCCAACUACCUCGUCAUCUCCGCCGGCGAAAGCCUCUUGCAUUCUGCCGAGGCCGUGUGUGCUAACUCAAACAUCCUGGGGCCCAACUACUGGAAUAGCUUCGAGGAGCUCUUUUGUGAGACGCAGACGCGGACGCUCUGGCACGGCUGUAACGGUACGGAAAAUGUUGGCGGGUGCUUUGACGGGGCGCAGAUGGCGUUGUUGGGCCCGCAUGCUGCUGGGCACUUGGUCGAGCAUUCGAAAGGAAACAAUGGAAAUGGCUCGGUGAGUAUGGCGGCGGUGGCGGCGGUGGCGGCGGCGGCGGCGGCGCCGGUUUUGAAGAAGUUUAUGCAUUGUCGGCACAUUGUUUAA